GUCCGCUUUCCUUAAGCUUGCCUCAAUGAUCUAAGAAUUGAACUUUCACGUCACAGAUGCUUGAUUGAGUCUUAUAAGUGUUUGAACCAAUUGAAACUGGAGGAUGUAUAUAUCAUGUGCAACAAUAGGUAGGAGGGUCUGAAAGAUGAGAUAGCUUCAUGUUCGUUACUACUGUAAAGAUGUUUCUCGAGUACUUUCACUGGCAGCUUAGUUCUCACAUGCCGCUGUCGCACAAGGAUGAAUUCAACGUGGGUUCUUUCGCUCUAAAUAGCAUAGCUGAACUCAGGUUGCCGGUAACAACAUUAGGAAUGAGGCGCCUGUAAGUUCUCGGGGGCAUUCCUUAGUAUCCAGCUAGAGUCAAGAUGAUUCUUAUCAAAAUGCAUGUUUUACAAUGAUUCAAGUUUCUUGCUUCAUCGCCUCCUACAUUGAUACGCUGGUAUCGUUUUGACAGGAUGUCGUCUUAUCAAUACACUCCUAUCAAUUCACAUGAGCUUCAAAUCCGAGUGUUACAUAUCCUUCCAAGAGGCCAUAGAGCUACCUGUUGCACGCCACAAUCGGAUGGAUUGUGCGACCAAGAAGAUUCAAAUAAUUGUCACUAUGGAUCGACAGGUUCGUAUAAGUUCACGGCAUUAGAUACUCUACUUACUAAAAUAACCACAGUGUCUUGCACUUUACAUGUGGUAUCCUUGAGAGAUAAUCCAGAGUACCAUGCUCUAUCUUACUGCUGGGGCGACCCUGCUCUCCCACGAGCAAAAAUUCUGCUCGAUGAGACAGAAAUCGAAGUUACCACUAGUUUGGAACAGGCUUUAAGGACAUUUCGGCAUGAGUCAAUACCGAUGGUCUUCUGGGCAGAUGCGAUAUGUAUCAAUCAAGAUGAUCCAGACGAGAAGGCAGAGCAAAUUAAAUUGAUGAGAGAUAUCUACACUUGUGCAAGUUUCGUAGAUGUCUUUCUGGGCGGUGGAACUACUGAAACCGACAAGGCCAUGGACUCGACUCUAACUAUAGGACAGGCUGCAUUCGAUGCAGGAAUAUUUUCUGUUACGGUAGAUAGUAUGAGAGAUUGUGAAUUUUAUAUCCGUGAAGACCAUGAAGGCUACGGUUUCAACCGCCCGAGACUAGACGAUCCGCUCGCGGAUGUGAAGCGAUCAUUGUACCAACUUGCUAUGGAUAUUGGCUUCAACUUUCCAUACGUCGGUUGGUAUGAGAUUGGGAAUCGAGACUAUUGGAACCGUCUUUGGAUCAUGCAAGAGUUUUGUCUUGGCAAAGAGUUGUUGAUAACGUGUGGUGAAAAGACCGUACCCUUCCGUCCAUGGUUUGAGGCGGCUUGGAUUUUCUUCGCCAUGCAAUCAACUAUGGUCGUGAACACUUACGGACUACACAAAUCAGCUAAUGAUUCCGUUGAGGGAUCGACUUUACGUGAAAUCGCUAGAUGCUUGAGUGUAGCAUCUCCUAGUCUGAGCCGUCUUUUGGGGACCAGAAAACAGCAUCAAAAGUCUGGGGGAUCAACUCUUGCUAGACUUCUAGAGAGAGGUUGUAUUCAAGCAUCUAAAGAGUUACUAAGGAAAGCAAAGUAUCCACGAGAUAGAAUUUAUGGAUUGUUGGGAAUGGCUUCGGACGCCUCAUUGUUAAACAUACAGCCCAUUUAUACCAAUGUUGACUCGGAUGAUGAAACAGUGAAGAUAUUUACAUCUGUUUCAAGAAUUCUUCUGGAACAUGGUAAUGUUGAUAUUUUGGCAUGGUGUCAGCAACUAAAGAGUUUGGCCGGCCUUCCUAGUUGGGUUCCGGACUUCACUUCUACUCUCUUAGAACCAUCCUGUGAAACCAAAAGGGCCGCUCUCUUUUCUGCUUCAGGGCAGUCUUCACUUUAUAUUGCACCUUAUAUUGCAGAAGUAGAUUCGAGGGUCCUCGGAUUAAGAGGUGCGAGAGUCGACACCGUCAUGGUUCAUGGCACUCUAUUUACUGUCGACAACAGACAAGGUAUCGUGUCUAGAACUACCGAAGAAUACUUAAAAAUCCACGCAAAUACAACCCGAUACUUUGACGAAAUAACACAUUUCUGCGAGCAAGGUCAAGCAAUAAACGCGAAAAGUACAAAACCCAUAUCACAACAUGAUAUAAGAUGGUUCGGAGCACAUUGGCGCAUACCAUGCGCAGACCAAACGACCAAUAACACCUUUCGAACACGCGUCACGGAUAUGUCGCUAAUGGGCUACAACGACCAUCGAAGAAGUAUCGAAUUAUAUUCCGACAACGCCAGAAGCGUCACGGAUCAACAUCUCACCGAAGAAGAAUUCGAAGCAAAUACUGCGGAGUAUAUAAGAUGUAUUCAGACGGCAGCAUAUGCCUCGUACAAAAAUGCAAUGGCGUAUCAACAAAAUAGAAGACCAUUUAUAUCUACGCAAGGAUAUGUAGGACUUUUACCUGGACAUUCAUUACCUGGGGAUGUGAUAAUUAUUAUUUUUGGGGCGGUACAACCAUUUGUUGUGCGCAGCGUGGGGGAGGAUAAGUGGGAAUUGAUUGGGGAAGCUUAUAUUUAUGGGAUUAUGGAUGGGGAAUUUAUGGAAAGUGAUUUUAAGACUGAGGAGUUUGUUUUGCGUUGAUUUAUCUUAAUUAGGGAUUGUUUUGAAGAUUUCUCUUUUAUAAUGGAUUUUUUGUGUUUACUGGUUUCUUUGCAGGAUUUAGGUCUUGCAAUAAUUAUGUUUCGAGGAUCUGAUAUUGGGAAAUGUAUGAAAUGUGAUCAGCUGUUAUUGAAAUCAUAAAGCUGUGAAUAGAGAUUCAGGACGUGAACCGGGCAUCAGUAAUUAC